AUGAUAAGAGUGGAAUUGGCCGUAAUCUUUGUAAAGAUAGGCCAGGUCGACACUGUUAAUGAGCGCUAUCAAGCGGACAUCUUCCUUCAGGCUCGUUGGAGAGAACCGUUGCUAGACGCCACUUGGAACUCAAAUCGACUUGUACAACAGAGACAUCUCCAAAGUUUCGUCCAAUGGCAGAAUAUACAAAAUCGCAUCGAGCUAGAGGCGGCGUCGGUACAACGGCAACAAUUGGUGCCCAAAACCAGCCUCGGUAUAAGUUCCAGUGAGCAUCUUUGUCUCUCAUUGUUGAUUCCGACGCCGCCGUUCUGUCCAGAUGAGGUGAACAGGGACUAUCAAGUGUUCGGAGGAGGUACAUCAAAACCCGAGAGGAUGGAGCCCCAGGCAAUGAGCAUUUCUGUGAUGCCUGAUUCGGUGCAACAUUUGCCAGACCCCGUGUUGCCUGGACACCAUUUGCAAAACAAUCCUGUUAGACUUGAGCCCCGCUGCUACGAAGCUUCCAGUGCUUGCGAACAGGAGCGUAAUCACAGUUUACUUGCCGAUUUUUUUGGGCUACCUGAUUCCAAAAGCCCCCUUAGAUCCUCAAAGUGGCCUUUGUUUGUAGCUGAUGUCAUCAAGCACUCAUCUCCAACACUUAACGAGGCCGACCCAAACCAUGGUUCCACAAAGUCUCCGCGGUCCACAAGUGCCACUGCCAUGACGGGCUGUCGACCAGGCAUGGCAUCGCUUCAAGACGAACGCCAGCUGGGCUUUUCACUUCCAUGCGUCUGCCAUGAGAUGCGUCAGGACGUUGGGUCUCUUAGUUUUAACGAGACCGCCAACAGACAGGCCACCUCAUCACAGCCAAAAGAUGCUACAGGACCAAUUAAUUUGACCUCAACCAACGUAAGCCCUAAACUACUUUUAAUGUAA